GCGAAAGAGAGGGAAGAAUAGAAAUCUGUACAUUGAGAUCAGGAGAAACGCUAAUGGUGCUGAACAGACUUUAGUGGCUAGGCUGGCGAAGGUGGCCAUAAAGCAUCAAGAUGUGCAUGGGCUUCCCUGCUAAUUGUGGAUGAGAGAGAAACAAGGAAGUACAUACCGUGGAGGCUACCUACCAACACUGGGCUUGUCUGUCAACCACACAGGAGAGGUUGGUUAGUGGGAGGUCUAUGACCCCCCCCCUCAUCAUUUUCAUCUGGAGAAAAGAGAGACGAAGAGUGACAGAGAGAGAAUAUAAAGUAAAGGAAGGUGGCAGUGAGGGAUAGUGAGCCAUCACUCUCUCUUUAUUCCUUCCCCCCAUUCACAAAUCCAUUGCAUCCCUUCAUCACCGAAAUGUAGUGGCGUUCAUGCCGAUUGGAGGAGGAAGGGUCCCAUUGACUGUUGAGGCUGAACCACUCUCUUCAGCCCUCCGCAGCCCUUUUCAUUACCAGUCCCCAUCUCUCCCUCUCCUCUCCCUCACUUGCGUCCAUUAUUUUCUCCUGUUUGUUCUUUUCAUUAUCCUUUUCACACUGCCCAGGAUUCAGAAGGCAUUCCCUUUUUGGUAGAAGUGGGUGUUUCUGGAGCUGUCAUUGUGUUUGGUUCUGCUACAAAAGACAGCAGAGCGGGAGAGAGAGAGCGAGCGCUAGAGAGAAAGAGAAUAGAAGAGGAGCCUGAAAGAAAAGGGGGGACCUGGGACUACAUGGAAGAACUAAGACCCUCUAGAAGGUGAAUUGUUAUAAAAGAGAAAUUGUAAAAGCGGCUGACAACCAUUUUACGAUAGCGGUUAGAAUUUGCCACUUGCAGCUUAUCGUUGGAAUAAAAGGCGCAGACUGCCGCGCCAAAACACCGGCGACUGUUUGGUUUAUGCUACGUUCUGUUGCUAAGCAAGUCUCUCUAACCUGAAGUAGUUGUUGAGGAAAUUCUAGUGUCUUGAGGAUCACUCACCCAACCUGCAACCAUGAAGGGGGACUCAGAGGAAAGCAUCGAGAGCAUCCGGCCCUCCAACCUGCAAGCCUUCGCCAACAUGUCCACGCUACAUGGCAUGAGCCACAUAUUUGCCUAUGGGCACAUGACGUUUCGCCGCUUCCUCUGGACGCUCUCGUUCCUGGGCUCGCUGGCCCUGCUGAUGCUGGUGUGCAUGGACCGCGUGUCCUACUACUUUGAGUAUCCUCACGUCACUAAACUGGAUGAGGUGGCGGCGCCUAACCUCACCUUCCCUGCUGUGACAUUCUGCAACCUCAACGAGUUUCGCUUCUCCCAGAUCACCAGGAACGACCUGUAUCAUGUGGGGGAGCUCUUGGCCCUCCUGAACUCCAACUAUCAAAUAGCUAACACUCACCUGGCCGAGCCCGAGGUGCUGGACGCCCUCAAGGAUAAGGCCAACUUCCUCAAUUUCAAGCCCAAGCAGUUCAACAUGACAGACUUCUACAACCGCACGGGCCACGAUAUCAGUGACAUGCUGCUGCAGUGCACCUUCCGGGGAGCGGAGUGUUACCCAUGGAACUUCACUACCAUUUACACGCGUUACGGAAAAUGCUAUACAUUCAACUCUGGUUUGGAUGGCAACCCAAUGUUGACAACGUUAAAAGGCGGGACAGGAAAUGGGCUGGAGAUCAUGUUAGAUAUCCAACAGGACGAAUACUUACCUGUUUGGGGAGAGACAGACGAGACCUCGUACGAAGCAGGCAUCAAGGUUCAGAUUCACAGCCAGGACGAGCCUCCCUUCAUUGACCAGCUGGGAUUUGGUGUGGCCCCUGGUUUUCAAACUUUUGUGUCAUGUCAGCAGCAACUGCUUCAGUACCUCCCUCCCCCUUGGGGAGACUGCAAGUCCACUCCCAUCGACUCAGAGUUCUUCUCCACGUACAGCAUCACAGCCUGCCGUAUCGACUGUGAGACACGCUACCUGGUGGAGAACUGUAACUGCAGGAUGGUCCACAUGCCCGGGACCUCAACGGUAUGCACACCCGAGCAGUACAAAGACUGUGCAGACCCAGCUUUAGACUUCUUGGUAGAGAAAGACAAUGACUACUGUGUGUGUGAGACACCCUGCAGCAUGACACGCUAUGGCAAGGAGCUGUCCAUGGUGAAAAUACCCAGUAAAGCCUCUGCCAAAUAUCUGGCCAAGAAAUUCAACAAAACUGAACAAUACAUCGGAGAAAACUUACUAGUCCUGGACAUCUUCUUUGAGGCGUUGAAUUAUGAGAAGAUUGAACAGAAGAAGGCGUAUGAAAUUGCAGGGUUGCUUGGUGACAUUGGUGGCCAGAUGGGUCUGUUCAUUGGAGCCAGUGUUUUAACGAUACUGGAAAUAUUUGACUACUUAUAUGAGGUAUUUAAGGAUAAAGUUUUGGGUUACUUCAUGCGCAAGAAACGACCGCAGCGUUGUCCGAGCGACAAUCUGGAGUUUCCAGAGAACCCAACCAGCCCUGGUGUCACGCCUAAUCAUGCCCCCAGAGCACCUGUGACACCCUCCGGAGUCACUCGGACAGUCUCGGAUUCACGCCGAACAUGUUACCUCGUCACCCGACUCUAGGCAACUUUGAGGAGUUUGCUUGUUGACGACAUAAAGCAGGGUGGGGGGAUGACUGUUGAUGAGAAGCACAAAGACCUUGAGAUCAGCCUUGGUUCCUGAGCCAAUUACCUCCAUCUCUGAUCAAGACUGGCUACCUUAUUGGCACUUCUUAUAUCCAACUAUGUACUGUAUCCUGGGAUAAGCCUUGUCUUGGGUGAGACUAGAACCAAACCAAAUAUCACUCAGUAAGGGUCUCAUUUUUGAAGUUGUAAACUUUAAGAUAUGGUUAAGCAGUGUUUUGUUAUGAGCAAUAUAUGCAUUGGCCCGAAAAUAAUAUAAUUGUCAAAUUAAUGCUAUUAACACUGUUUAUUUUCAAGUCUGGUCACACAGCUCCCCUACUAACAGAAUUUGUGGAUUUGUCAUAAAGGAAUGAAUGGUCAAAUCUCUGUUGUACUGGGUUACCACAACUGAUGAUGUGACAUUGUCUUGGUGUUAACUGUGUGUCCCAUUGUGGUCUGGUCUUUCAUGACAAUGUGGAGGUUAGUCAUAAAACUUACCGCCAAGGGUUUAUCACCUGUCCUUCCUAAAAAAGAAAACACUGUAAAUACUUAACAGAAAUCAGAAUACAUUGCAACUAUUUGCUUAUCCUUUGUAGCAUCAAUCUAAUCUACAUUAAAUUAAUUAUAAAUCAGAUUGAAAGUAAAACAGGUGGUAAAUUUAAAGGUUUAAAGUUUUAUGAAUACUUUGUACUGCGUGCCGUACUGUGUCACAUAGUAGAAUCCUUAUCCACCCCUGCCUUACUGCCAAUCAAAAUUAGCACAGCAGAAGCAACACAUUAGUCAGUAGUCUAAAGCGGAAUAUGGAUAUGGUCCUGUCAUAUUUGAAUAAUACCGCAAUACUGGUUGUGCUUAUUGAUUCAAGUCUUUUAAUGGGUAUUUUAUAGCAUAAUUAAUUACAGCCAAGUACAUGAGUGUUAUAUAUUUAUGUCAACCAAUAGUCUAAAGACCUUCAUUCUUGCAGCUUAAUUAUGUGUAUUGUUAUUGCACCUCACCUGUUUUCCUCCUUGCAUGACCAUUGUGUACUCCCCCUUGAGUAUAAUCAGCCACCAUGUUACUUUAUCACUUUGUUGGGAGCCAGAUGGUUAAUAUCCAUGUUCUGUGGUAGGGUACUGUUCAAUCUUUAGCAUGAAAAAAAUCCUCAUGAAAAACUAAGCUUUGGGUUGUGCAAUAUUCAGUGAACAUAAAUUAUUGAACAUGGGCCUGAGAAGCUUGGAUAUGUUUUCUGACAAAAAAAAUUGCGGGUCAAAUGAUUGUAUGUACAGUAUGUGGCCACUGGCUUGUAAGGAAUAUUAUAUUUCUGUAAGACUGGAUCUUAGAGUAUCGAUUAUAGUAUGUCUGUUGGAGGCUUACACAGCUGUGGAACUGAACUAGGUUCAUCUGGCUCUAUGUACUGUAUGUAUAUGAUACCUCCAUUUGUG